CUUUGGAAAACGUGUACUUCAUUUAUUAGAAGAUCACUGUAAUCCUUCUCUGCUCUCAUACUAGCAGGUUCAUUUACCUUAGAAGAGCCAUGAUAUCUUUACCUAUAGUUUGAGCCCUCUUGCUGGUUCUUUUUUGUUUUUCUAGGCUGAAUUGAGCACUGACUUUUUGAGCAAUACUCCUCUAACCGGAGCCUUUCCACGGCCUUAUAUAUAAACUACCCAGAAGAUGCUGAUCAGAUGUGCAGACAAAUGCCUGUGUGUCAUUGCACUUGUCGACAAGUGCUGAUGCUGGUUGCAGAUCAGUUAUUUAUAGACGUCAAUAUCACUGUGCGCUUUUGGAGUAUCGGCUCAGAACGAGUGGCGAUGCUUGACGGAAUGUAACACAGUCUACGAGGCUGCAGAAAUCUCAAGCAUUUUGCAGAGACCCGGAGGAGGGUUUUUUUGGGAUAAAGUGGGCUGUGGAGUCCCAUACUGUGACCUGGGAGCCCAGAGACUCUCUUUACAAGCGUGAACAAAAAGCACAACAGCACCACCUGACCUAGACCAUCGCGCCCGGCGGAAGAGCAUAGCCACUGGGAAGCAGCCCAGCAUGGAGGUCCCUCCCACUGCCCCCCUUCAACCCUUCCGACAAUCCGUGAGUAACCCCCCCUGUUCCCGGCCUCGCUCGCUGCCCCCGUCCCUCUCUCUGUCCCUGCUCUCCCCUCCCUCCCCGGGCCCACCGCCUCACACCUGUGGCCGGAGGGCGAGCGGCACCCCGCCUCACCCCUUCCCCCCCUCGCUGGCCCUCCCCCCCCACGCCUUCUGCCCACAGCAGAUAAAGGGCGGUGGCGUAAAAGCCCCCGGCACCCCCCCGUUGCCCCGCUCGCUGCCCCUCUCCCCCACCCUGUCCUUGACCCUGCCCCACUCGCCUGCCGCCUCCUCCUCCUCCCCCCCCUUCUUGUUCUGGGGCGGGGAGUGGAGGGCCGCCGGCUCGAGUCCAGUGGCGGGAGGAACGUUCAUUGCACCACUGCCCCCCGUUGAGAGUUUCCUCAGUAGAAGGUUGAAGGGCUCAAUCAAGAGGGCCAAGAGUCAGCCCAAACUGGACCGAACCAGCAGUUUCCGCCAAAUGAUCCUCCCCCGCUUCCGCAGUGCCGACCAAGACAGGACCCGUUUGAUGCAGAGCUUCAAAGAGUCUCACUCCCAUGAGUCCUUGCUGUCUCCCAGCAGCGCUGCCGAGGCGCUGGACCUCACGCUGGACGAGGACGCCAUCAUCAAACCCGUCCAUUCCAGCAUCCUGGGACAGGAGUACUGCUUUGAGGUGACUACAGCAUCGGGAACCAAGUGCUUUGCGUGUCGCUCAGCCGCAGAGAGAGACAAAUGGAUCGAGAACCUGCAGAGAGCUGUCAAGCCCAACAAGGACAACAGCCGGAGGGUGGACAAUGUGCUCAAGCUGUGGAUCAUCGAGGCCCGCGAGCUCCCGGCCAAGAAGCGCUACUACUGCGAGCUCUGUCUGGACGACAUGCUGUACGCACGCACCACCAGCAAGCCCCGCACCGACACCGUGUUCUGGGGGGAGCACUUCGAAUUCAACAACCUGCCGGCCGUCCGCGGCCUACGCCUUCAUCUGUACAAGGAGACGGACAAGAAGAGACGCAAGGAAAAGAGCACAUAUUUAGGACUCGUCAGCAUCCCCAUCUCAAGCAUCACGGGACGGCAGUUCGUGGAGCAGUGGUACCCGGUCAUCCAGCCCAGCGUCCUCGCAAAGGGAGCUGGCGUCGGCGGAGGGAAGAUCAUCAACGCAUCGCUACGCCUCAAAUCCCGCUUCCAGACCAUGAACAUCCUCCCCAUGGAGCUUUACAAGGAGUUUGCAGAGUAUGUAACCAAUAACUACCGCACCCUGUGUGCCGUGCUGGAGCCCGUGCUGAGCGUCAAGAGCAAAGAGGAGGUGGCCUGUGCGCUGGUGCACAUACUGCAGAGCACGGGGAAAGCUAAGGAUUUCUUAUCUGACAUGGCGAUGUGUGAGGUGGACAGAUUCAUCGACCGAGAACACCUUAUCUUCAGAGAGAACACUCUGGCCACCAAAGCCAUAGAAGAGUACCUCAAACUGAUCGGACAUAAGUACCUCAAGGAUGCCAUCGGGGAGUUCAUAAGGGCCUUGUAUGAGUCAGAGGAAAAUUGCGAAGUGGACCCCAUGAGAAUAGCCCCCUCAGUUCUGCCAGACCACCAAGCCAAUCUUCGAAUGUGCUGUGAGCUGGCACUCUGCAAAAUCGUUAAUUCCCAUUGCGUGUUCCCUCGAGAGCUAAAAGAGGUUUUUGCUUCGUGGAGAGUGCGCUGCGCCGAGAGGGGUCGGGAGGAUAUCGCCGACCGCCUCAUCAGUGGCUCUCUGUUCCUACGCUUCCUGUGUCCUGCUAUCAUGUCGCCGUCGCUUUUCAGCCUCACCCAGGAGUAUCCCGAUGAGCAGACGUCACGCACGCUCACCCUCAUCGCUAAAGUGGUGCAAAACCUGGCAAAUUUCUCCAAGUUUGGUAACAAAGAGGAGUACAUGUGUUUCAUGAAUGAGUUUUUAGAGAUGGAGUGGGGCUCCAUGCAGCAGUUCCUUUACGAGAUCUCCAACGUGGACAGUGUGAGCAACGCCGGUGGUUUUGAGGGAUACAUCGACCUGGGCAGGGAGCUGUCCAUCCUCCACAGCCUCCUGUGGGAGGUCAUGGCUCAGCUCAGCAAGGACGCCAUCAUUAAACUGGGUCCUCUGCCCCGCCUCCUGAAUGACAUCAGCAUGGCCUUGAGAAACCCGCACCUGCAGAGGCAGCCGAGCCACCAGACGGACAGGGUGCAGGAGCGACAGGCGGACCGGCUGCUGUCUCGGCCCAGCUUUAACCGCGGCAUCUCGUCCGAGUUCCAGAAUCUCAUGAUGAGGGAUCUUAAUAGCUCUAUAGAUAUCACUCGUUUGCCUUCCCCCACCUCCGCCGGAGGGGUCAUGCCACAGCGCGCCCAGAUGAGUUUCCAGGACCGGGACCACCCGAACCGAGCCUCCAAAGACAUGUUCUACGUAUCCCGGCCCCCCCUGGCCCGGUCCAGCCCGGCGUACUGCACGAGCAGCUCGGACAUCACAGAGCCCGACGCUAAGGUGCCUAGUGUCAAUAAAAGCGUAUCUAUGAUGGACCUCCAGGAUUCCCGAAUGAACAGCGUGUCUAACCUGCAGUCGGUGGACAUGCUCAACUCCUCCCAGGCCUCCAUCGCCGGCAUGGGCAGCUUCGGAGGGCUGAGCAGCGGAGGCGGUGGCGGCCUGGGGUCGGGCCUGAGUAGCCAGCUGCGGGCCGGUGGGAGGUUGUCAGCUGGCUCUGGCGGCUCCAGCAUGUCCGGCGGCCUUCGGCUGAGCCAGCUGAGCCAGAUGGGCACCACCACCGACUCGCUAUCCCAGCAGCAGCAACAGCAAGCCGCCGCCAUGCGAUACCCGCUUUCCUUCCAGAAUCCCCUCUUUCAUCUGGCGACGGCUGACGGGCCCCAACAGCAACAGCUCCAUCACCAGCACAGCCGGGCUCAACCCCCAGCGCCGCUCCUCCUGACCCCAGAGCCCGAGCCCUCGCAUCACGCCUACAUCCCGCAGUUUGCCCACGGCGGCUUCUCCCGGAGCGAGGAUCUGUCCACCCUCCGGACCAGGGAAACUCACCUGGGCCAACCCAGCAUCAUCCACUCACACAGCUACAGCGACGACUACAGCAGGGUCGACUAUGGACGCAGGCAGAUGUCCAUGCAGAUGCAGGAUAAUCUCCAGCAGCAGCAGAUGAUGGGCAUGGCCUCCCAGACAGGAACCUCCCACUCGUCCCUGGCCACCACGCCUCCUUCCACCGUCGCGCCCAUGCGCCAGAGUUCGGUGGCGCCACCUCCCACCCAGCGUGUGAAGUCCCAGACCUCCCAUCAGCUCUCCGUCAGCGCGGCCGCUGCACCCGCCGGCCCCGGGAAAACCCGUCCGCAGAGCGGGAACCUCCUCCAGUCCCCGGAGUCGGGCUACGGCGGGAGGCAGCACGGCCCGCGGCAGCUGUCCGUCAAGGACAACACGGCGCCGGGUCUUCCCCACCAGCAGAGCUCUGUCAGGGAAAGCGGGAGUCCGCAGGGGACGACCAGUCAGAGCGCUCAGCAGUCGCCGCAGCAGCAGUCCCAGCAGCACCUUCUCAAACCCACCAUGAGCAAACAGGGCUCCCAGUCUCCAUCCACCCUCAACGCCCCGACUCCGGCUAACGAGCGAACGGUGGCCUGGGUCUCCAACAUGCCUCAUCUGUCAGCCGACAUCGAGAGCUCGCGGAUCGACCGGGAGGAGUUCAAACUGAAGGAGUACUCAAAGAGCAUGGACGAGUCGCGCAUGGACAGGGUAAAGGAAUACGAGGAGGAGAUCAACUCGCUGAAGGAGCGGCUGGUGAUGUCCCACAGGAAGCUGGAGGAGUACGAGCGGAGGCUCCUCAUGCAGGAGACGCAGACCAACAAGAUCCUCCUUCAGUACCAGAACCGACUGGACGACAGCGAGCGGCGGCUACGGCAACAGCAAGUGGAGAAAGACUCCCAAAUUAAAGGAAUAAUUAGCAGACUCAUGGCUGUGGAAGAUGAGAUAAGGGGAGGACCCGUUCUUGAGCCAAAAACCAGGAUAUUCGCUGAUCAGGGGAGGCGUCAGUCCAUCCUAGUGCAGCCCCGUCUUGCACCUGUCCCACCCCGAGUAACCAGCCACUCUCAAAGCUUCAUGGAGGACAGUGUGGAACCUAAUUGGCUGAUGCACCACCGGCAGUCAUCAGUGUGGCAUGGCCAAGUGUCCAGAGCCCUCUCUCGUGACGCGAUUGGCUGACAAAGGGAGAUCUUGGGGUAUUGGCCCCAGUCUCUUUGCUCAAAGGAUGGUGCAGAGCCCCAGCGGACCAUGUAAGGAAGUGCUGGAGUUUUUUUCCUUUUUGCUUUUUCCUUUUUUUUUUUUUUUAAUCUUUACUUGGGCCCUCUCUCUCUGAUUUGAUAACAGGAUUUUUCUUUUAAACUGUCGCUGUCGGAUGUACUUUUUACCUACACAAGGUGGGCUUGGACACGCGUCGGCCCAUGAGCCCACCGAGCAUGCAAAGAGCAGCUAUGCAGUCUGGUCAGUUAGCCAAACGCGAGGAACACACAGGCCAAGGACGGCGAGACGCUCUACACGGGAGAGAGAGAGGGGUCUGACAUGUAUUUCAAAGGUGCUUGACUUGUCUUAAAUCUUUCGUCGAAGCUGAUUUAUGUUCAAAAAACGUUUUAUUUCCCCCGUUCCCUUAGCUCUCGCAGUGUCUCCUCCCGACGCCGUCCUCGUUCAUCUUGGACCCUCCACACGUUAGUUAAUUACUGAUUCGGUCUCACUCUAUUUGAGAGACGCUUUAUCUCGAUCAAUCAUUUUGAGCUCUACUGCUGGAAUCCUUUCAGACUUUGAUUUUAAAGGAAACUAAAUAUGCACAGCCUGAUUCAAAAAAAAAAAAAAAAAGACUGCUUUGGAGCAAAGCCCAAUGCUUCGAUGAAGGCUUUGAAAAAGCGGACAGAAUGUCGUUACUUUAUAUUUCUAUGAUGACGCUGAUUAUUCUUACAAUAGUAUUUAAAAAAGAGACUUUUCAUCAGAAAACUUCCGGAGAAGAUAUUUAUUUCUUGAUAUAGAUAGAUGCCUCUAUCUAAAGGAUGAAUCCAUUUUAUAUAAACUGAGUUUUCAUACUAAGACAAUCUUAUGGAAAGAAGCCCUGAAGGACUGAGGGACGAGCUUGUGUUUCACCUACUCCCCCCCCCCGACCCCCGACCCCCCUAUCCGCCCCCCUUCAAGAGUUUGCACGUCUCUAUAACCUGCGACCUCCAACUUCUUGGUUAUUAUCUUUGGAUAAAAAGAAGGACUGGGGUGAAGCAUCGAAUGUCUCUCCCCCCAGAGUCGCCAUGGAGCUCUCCAUUUACGGACGAUGCUGACGCUCUCAAAGCUGUUGGGUACUUUUUUUUACUCCACUUUGACUAUCUGUGUGUGAAGUUUUAACCGAAUAUGGGGAUUAAAAACUUGUGGUUUCAGUGUGGCCACACUUCUGGAUGGGGAUUACUGUACAACACCAGUCCCAGUUGAAAUCCCUGCCAUUUCCACUUCUGACUGAAAUGAGAGAGAUAUGUUAGAGGUCCUGCUGAAACGAGUGAGUGUGUGUGUGUGUGUACAUACUGUACGUGUGUGUUCUGGCUAAAACUUUGUGUAUAUACUGCAUAUAUAUAUGUGUAUAUAUGCUGUGUCUAUGUGUAUAUACAGUUUGUUUGUAUAUGCAGAGUGUACAGCUAUUUUUUUUCCUCUAAUGUUUCUCUCUCUUUCUACGACUAGGUCUUCUCAAGUUACCGAUACUGAGGCAUGGAAAGGUUUUUACACAUGCUGACAGCUAUCAGAGGCACUUUUUGGUGCAGACUAAGAAUAUCAGCAAAGUCUGUCACGUAUAGUUGCAUUCUCGAAGCUCUAGAGCAAGAAGUAAUCUUAAGCUUGCACUCAUUUUCUGACCAACUACAAAGCUUUUCUAAGUAGAUUUGGGUGACCAAGCAAUGUUUGUACAUAAUAUAGACUUAUAGGCCAUUUUUUUCCAGAGACAUACCAUUUGCAUUUCUUUAAAAAAAAAUAUAAAAAUCUGUUUUGAGUUCUUACGUAUUCCUUUUGAUUCCUAAAGUUUAUGUCCGCAGUGGUUGUCAUUCAGAGUUAUAUAUUUAUUCUGAAAACCCUUAUAUAUCCUUGGAACCUUGAUCCCCAAAUUCUGCCUCUUCCGGAAACGUCUAAGCUUUUUUAUGCAGGUAAAUUGGCGAAUCUUUCCAUUAAAGUAUACCGUCAUUACUUAACAUUGCUUGUUUUUGUAUAGGUCCUUACUGAAUAAGUGUGCCUCCCCCUUAUACUCUUACUACCAUAGAUCCAUCCACUCUGCUGGUCGCACUUCUUCAUACCCCCUUGACAAGCCAUACCACCCCCCAAGAAAAUUCCUCUAUUGUUGUUUUGACAGGACAGACAUUUGGGGAUUAUGUGUAUAUUAAUGAAAGAGUGGUGUUAGAGUGUAUUGCAGUUGUAUAUGGAUUUGUUAUGAAUGUGGAUAUUCUGAUCAUUGAAUUAUUAUUGUAAUAAUAAUAAUAAUAAUUAAUAAUAAUAAUAAUAAUUGCCUCUUUGAUUUUGUUGAUUAAUUCCUUCGAUGCAGUUGAUGAAGAUGCUAUUGUUCCUUUUUUCUUUUUCUUUUUUCCUUUUUUGGGAAUACACCGGAAUUUAUAUUUUUCGGGUGGGUGAAACUGGAGAUAGU